CAAAACAUAACCUGUAAUUUUUAACCUAUAAGUUUUCAAAAUUAUAAUGGCUCGCGAACAUUUUGCCGUAAACUGGAAGGAUCACAUGGACCACCUAAAAGUGAGCAUGGAUCAAAUGUUGCAGUGCGAGGAGUUUACGGACGUAACCGUUUUCGUCGAUGGCAAAGUGAUUAGAGCCCAUAAAAUGAUUUUGGGCGCCUGCAGUUUGUAUUUUAAUAAUGUUUUCAAACAAAUAAAACAUGAGAAUCCCGUUGUUAUUAUCAAGGGCAUUGAGUAUUCGGUUUUGAUAGAUAUCUUCAGGUUCAUGUACCAAGGACAGGUGAGCAUUGAUAGUGAGAUGUUCGAAAGCUUUAUAGAAGCAGCCAAGACUUUGCAAGUUUGUGGGUUAACUGGUGAUGAUAUAGAGGAAGACUUUAGUGUGUCUGAGAAAGUUGAAACGAUAAAUGUAGAGAACAAUAAGAGGAGUUUGGAAGAAGAUGAGUCAGACAUUAAUCAAAAACAAAAGGCAUACUGUCCUGAAUUGAAAAAUGAACCUAUUGUUCUUUUAGAAGAUAUUUUAGAUGAAGUACUGAUUGAUGAAGAUAAAUUGGAGGAAAAUCAAAUGGAUACAACUCCAGUCUCAAAAAAUCUGGCACAGAUCUCAAAACUAGAUGAAACAAGUGGUAAUGAUAAAUCCCACUGUAAAGAUCAUGGAGAUUAUAAAUGUAAAAUAUGUGGGAAAAAGUAUAGAUUAAAGGAUUCCCUAUAUAAACAUUUAGGAAUGCACAAUGGUACCACAACAUGUUCAAUUUGCAAUAAAAUUUUGUCUAGGAAAACACAUCUUCAAAGACAUAUGAUAGUGGCACAUGGUCACAAACGAGAAAAGGAUAAAAAAACAUAAUUUCCUUAUUUAGCAUGUAUCUUAUAAAGUGUACAAAUUCAGACUUAAAAUUUUUAAUUUUGUUUGUUGAUUGUUAUAAUAAAAUGUUUGUGUUUGUGUCUUUUUUACAAUAUACUUAUUUAAAAUUUA